AUGAUUGUACAAGACGCCAUCUUGACUUCGUCUAUCAACUGCUUAACGAGUUUCCUGGCAGGCUUUGUCAUCUUCUCCGUUCUGGGUUACAUGGCGCACGUGCAGAGCAAACCUAUCUCUGAGCUUGGGCAGGAAGGUCCAGGUCUCGUGUUUACGGUGUACCCCGAGGCCAUCGCUACCAUGACGGGCUCUGUGUUCUGGUCCAUCAUCUUCUUCCUCAUGUUGAUCACACUCGGGCUGGAUAGCACGUUCGGAGGCCUCGAGGCGAUGAUAACAGGCCUGUGUGACGAAUACCCGAGGCUGUUCGGCCGCCACAGGGAAAUCUUCGUCACGACCUAUGGCGGCAUGCACAUCGUCAACCUCCUGAACGUGUUCGGAACCGGCAACCCGAUCCUGUUCAUCGUGUUCGUCGAAGCCACGGCCGUCUGCUGGUUCUACGGCGCCGAGCGAUUCGCAGACGAUAUCGAGAGGAUGUUGGGCUUCCGUCCAGGCAAAUUCUGGAUCGCCUGCUGGAAAUACAUCUCGCCGACUUUCAUCUUUGUGUUGUUCGUGUGUUCGUUCGCGCUCAACGACGAGUCCGAUUCCCUCAACUUACCUGGCUGGGGCGUCGUCUUAGGCUGGGUUCUCACCUGUUCGUCCAUCGUCUGUAUCCCGCUCUAUAUCAUGUAUAUGUUCAUCGUUACUUCGGGAUCCUUCAGAGAGCGCAUCAAGACGAUGAUAAAGCCAGAAGAUUUCGUUCCUCCUCACCUCAGCCAAGUAAACUCCUACGGAACACACGUGUAAGAUUCGUCAC